AUGGAUCUUCAAGGUCACGAUGACCUCUACUGUAGGAAGAAAGUUAAAGAAACUGAGAGUGUGAAGGUUGGAAAAGUGAAGGUAUCCUUAAUGACAAAGGAUAAAGGUAAGGAGAAGACUUCUUCGUCUCGUGCUGGGCAAGAAGAUGCUAAAAUGCUUGUAAAAGAAAAGGAUGCUAGUCAGUUGAAAAUUGGGGGUAUGCAAAGGAAGGAAUUAAAACAUAAAUCUAUUUUACAGGAGAACAUAUUUGAGGCGUUGAAUUCAAUUGAUAGGGAUGAUUCUUUGUGCUUGGAUAAAGGGGAUUGCUCUAAUAAGGGUGAAUCCUUGGAUCUAGUGAGGGGUGGUAAGGAAAGGGAUGUAAUUAAUGGAGAAGUAAAUGAAGCUUUGAAUGAUGUUAUUGAUGUGGAAAAAGAUGGAGUAAUGAAUCAAGGUGUAGAUUAA